AUGAAGACCUCCGCUCUUUUGUCUCUCCUCGCCGCUGCUGGCAUGGUUGCUGCCGCUCCUCUGAAUAACAUCCCCGCCAUCCCUGGCGCCCUUGCCGAUGGCGUCAAGACCCCCGACACCCACAGCAGCCUUCCUGACACCCACGCCAGCCUUCCCGACACCCAUAGCAGCGUCCCCGACGGGGCACAAAUCGUCAACCCCCCAGCGGCCAAGGUCCCUGCCGCCAAUGUCCCCGCGGCCAAGGUCCCCGAAGUCGGUCAUGCCGCAAGCCGCCGUGGCGCGCCCGUCAACAUCGGCGGCGUGUCCGGCGACCAUGACAUCGACGGCGACAACAACAUGAUCGCCUACCCUCCCGCCCAAAAGCAUGCUCCCGCCCCAGCCCCGGCUCCUGCUCCGGCUCCUGCUCCCGCCCCGGCCCCGGCCCCAGCCCCGGCACCCGCUCCGGCUCCGGCCCCCGCUCCGGCUCCCGCGCCUGCUCCCGCUCCCGCCCCCGCCCCAGCCAGCGAGCUCGACCUCCACCACGACGCCGCGCAGGAGAAGGACCACAACAGCAACUUCAACGUCUACGAGAACCACAACUCCGGCGUCAACGAGCAUGAGCACCACGUCGACGACUACGAUUACUCCUCCUACGACAACACCAGCAAGGGGGCCUCCGGGUCAACGCAGGACCACGCCGCCGGGCAGGUCAACAACAACUUCCACGUCGAGAACAACUAA